AUGGAAGCUCUUGAGGUUGAAGGUUGUGUCUUCUUGGAUGCAGCUACUCAAGCAUUCGGAGCUAUGAAAAGUCCUAUACUAGAAACCAUUGGCCUCGCAGGUGCAAAUGUAACUUUGUCUAGUAGCGACGAAGAUCAUGCGGCACCUCCUGCAAAGUUGCCAUGCCGUGUCCUCGGAUUCUCAAGAUCAGACAAGACCAGUAUCAACGGACACAGAAGUCACCCUGGCUAUGACUCUGUACCAGAAAAGCUUCUCGCACAUUUGUUAAAGAAGUAUCCCCAUGGGAAGAUUUUCGUCUUCAGCUCCGCAGGAGAAUUGCAACCGAGCGACUCAUCUGGAGAGGAUAGAUUAAAGCAAGCAGGCACCUCAGAAACACCAGCAGAUGCAUCUGGACAACGAAAACUCGACACACGUCCGAAAGAGUUGACAUUGCUUCGCCUCUUAUUUCCGGAGGCUCGCAGUGUCGCUUUCUUUCCUGUGUGGAACCCCAGGCGAAACAGGUGGUACGCCGGAGGGUUCGUCCACACCAACAUCGCCACGCGUCAAUUUUCGGUGGAAAGCGAACUUAACUACUUGAGAGCGUUUGGAACAUUGGCCAUCAACGAGGUUCUCCGUCAUCACAUGAUGGAAGAUGAAAGGUCUAAGACUGACGCACUGAGCUCUCUGUCGCAUGAGCUACGCUCUCCUCUUCACGGCAUCAUGCUUGGCGCUGAGCUAUUGAACGACACUGUGCUGAGUGUGAUGCAGAGAGAUAUAGCUCAUACUAUAGAGACAUGUGGCCGGACUCUCCUUGAUACUCUAGACCACCUGCUCGACUUUUCCAGGAUCAACCAUUUCACAUCGUCUGUCAAGCAGGAGAGACAAAAUCGCGUCUUCAACAUUAGCGCUCCUCGAGCCAUGAGCGAAGGAAUGAUGAGCUUGGCUGCCAAUGUUCGUCUUGACCGUCUAGCUGAGGACGUGAUCGAAAGCGUGUUUGCCGGCUUCGUCUUUCAACGACUUUCCAUUGCCCAAGUCAAAAGCAGGCGAGACCCCACAAGCGACGAUGUCAGGUCCAAUAACUUUUUAGAUGGGCUUCGAGCUGAGGAGGACCUCUAUUCUAGAUCUCUAAGGACCAAUAAAGACCAUGUGUGGGUUUUCUUGAUCAUUGAUCCAGAGUCUGACUGGAACUUCUAUACACAGCCUGGAGCGAUUAGGCGUAUCAUCAUGAACAUCUUUGGAAACUCACUGAAGUUCACGCAGCAAGGACGUAUCAAGAUCUCUCUCAAACAAAGAUCUAACGAAUCCUCACGUCGAAAUCGGAGCCAUUCCAUCACCAUCACCAUCAGCGACACGGGCUUAGGCAUUGGACAAGAGUUCCUGGAGAACGACAUGUUUAGGCCAUUUGUUCAGGAGGACCCACUGAACCCUGGGACAGGUCUUGGCCUGAGCCUUGUCAGGAAGAUCAUAUCGCAACUUCACGGUCGUAUACAUGUUGAGAGCCACUCCGGAACUGGCACAACAAUAACGGUGACUUUACCACUUGUCAGGCAAUCAAGCUUGGAGAGUCUCCAUGUCGACCACGACGAGGCUUUCAAGCAGCAGGUUGGCAAGUUACAAGGGCUACGCGUCCGUUUGCUGUCCAAGACCCUCGACGAUUCUACUACCACUGAUGAUGAAUAUACUUUAUUAAAGGGUAUAUGCCACGACUGGCUUCGGAUGCAGGUCAUAGCAGCCUAUGAGAUCAAGGCAUUGGCUCCCGAUCUUGUUCUAUUACACGAAGAAGAGCUAGAUUUAUUACACUCACAUGAGAUAUCAGCUGGUACACCAUGUGUCGUUAUCUGCAGAAAUGCAGUUACAGCAUACCAGAGAUUCAACUCCUCCUGGAUUGAGGGACUGCCGAUUGAAUAUGUAGCCCAACCGUAUGUCAAUCCCUUCUCCUUUUUUGCUGCCGCGUGGCCCACUAACAACUUCAUAGAGUUGCUCCCCGAAAGCUUGGCCGAACUUUAUUAG